UUUUACCUGAUGCUUUACCGUGCCUUUGGCUUCAGAAAAAAAAAGAAAAAAAAACACCGAGCGACUAAGAGAAGGCGAAGCACUCGCCGCCGGCCCGCUGUCUCGCCGCGGAAAUUUCGUCUUCCCCGGGAUUCCGCGGGGAGGCGGCGCGGUAACCGCCGGCGGUUAUUCCGUCAAUAGAAUGGCGGGGACCGCGUGGGGGAGGCCUGAGGAGAGGAGGUGAGGCGGAUGGUCCGCGCCCUGUCACGUGCCCGCAGCCUGCUCGACGGAAUUCCCCACCGGCGGGGGCGUGCUGCGAGUUCGUCCGUGUCCGGCCAUGGCGCGGAGGAGGCUGUUGCGGGAUACGUCCGCAUGCUGGCUGGCGGGGCCAGGCCCGACGCGUACACGUUCCCGUCCUUGCUCAAGGCGGCGGCGGCGGCGCGGGGCGCGGCCGUGGCGGCGGCAUCAGUUGGCGGUGCCAUCCACGCGCACGUGGUUAAGUUCGGGAUGGAGUCGAACGCUCACGCGGCGAGCUCCCUGAUCGUCAUGUACGCGGCCAGGGGAGACGGCGCCGCGGCGCGCGCGGUGCUGGAGGCGGCGUGCCUCGCCACGGGAGGGGGAGCGCCGGUCAUGUGGAACGCGCUCAUCUCUGGCCAUAACAGGAGCGGGCGGUUCGAGCUGUCCUGCUGCUCCUUCGUGGACAUGGUCAGAGCCAGCGCCAUGGCCACCGCGGUCACCUACGUCUCGGUGCUCUCGGCUUGCGGGAAAGGGAAGGACCUGCUGCUGGGGAUGCAGGUGCACAAGCGCGUCCUCGAGAGCGGGGUGUUGCCUGAUCAGAGGGUGGAGAACGCUCUGGUUGAUAUGUACGCCGAGUGCGGCGACAUGGACGCGGCCUGGGUGUUGUUCGAGGGCAUGCAGAUGAGGAGCAUGGCGUCCUGGACGUCGGUAAUUUCUGGCCUUGUGAGGUCAGGCCAGGUUGAUCGUGCCAGGGACCUGUUUGAUCAUAUGCCUGAAAGAGACACCAUCGCAUGGACCGCGAUGAUCGAUGGCUAUGUACAGGUUGGCAGGUUCAGGGACGCAUUGGAGACAUUCCGUUACAUGCAGAUUUGCAAGGUGAGAGCAGAUGAGUUCACCAUGGUCAGUGUGGUCACUGCCUGUGCCCAGCUAGGUGCUCUGGAGACAGGGGAAUGGGCAAGGAUUUACAUGGGAAGACUUGGGAUCAAGAUGGAUGUUUUUGUCGGGAAUGCACUCAUAGACAUGUACUCAAAGUGUGGGAGCAUUGAGCGCGCAUUGGAUGUAUUCAAAGAUAUGCACAACAGAGAUAAGUUUACCUGGACUGCCAUUAUACUUGGUCUCGCAGUGAAUGGCCGUGGGGAGGAGGCUAUUGACAUGUUCUAUAGAAUGCUCAGGGCUUUACAAACUCCAGAUGAGGUGACCUUCGUUGGUGUUCUCACUGCCUGCACUCAUGCUGGCUUGGUUGACAAAGGCCGAGAGUUCUUCCUCAGCAUGACAGAGGCAUAUAAUAUUUCCCCUACUGUGGUGCAUUACGGAUGCUUAAUCGAUGUCUUAGGCCGAGCUGGGAAAUUAAAGGAAGCAUUGGAUACAAUAGACAAAAUGCCCAUGAAGCCCAACUCCACUAUUUGGGGAACCCUGCUGGCAUCCUGUAGGGUUUAUGGUAAUUCAGAAAUAGGUGAAUUGGCAGCGGAGCGUCUCCUUGAGUUGGAUCCAGAUAACAGCACAGCGUACAUCUUGUUGUCAAACAUGUAUGCAAAAUCUAAUAGAUGGAAAGAUGUCCGACGGAUUAGGCAGAUAAUAAUGGAGAAAGGAAUCAAGAAAGAACCUGGUUGCAGUAUGAUUGAAAUGAAUGGCAUAAUUCACGAAUUUGUAGCCGCUGAUAGGUCUCAUCCUAUGAAUAAAGAAAUCUACUCAAAGUUGGAAAAUGUGCUAACUGAUUUGAGGAAUGCUGGAUAUGUGCCUGAUGUAACUGAGGUCCUUGUUGAAGUCACGGAAGAGGAAAAGCAGAAGGUUCUUUACUGGCACAGUGAGAAGUUGGCAGUCACUUUUGCUUUACUCACUUCAGAAUCUAAUGUUAUCAUAAGAAUUGUGAAAAACUUGAGGAUGUGUUUGGACUGCCACAACGCAAUAAAAUUGAUAUCGAAAUUGUAUGGAAGAGAGGUCAUUGUGAGGGAUAGGACACGCUUCCAUCAUUUUAGACAUGGAUCCUGUUCAUGCAAAGACUAUUGGUAAGUGGUAGCACAUUAAUACAUUAUAUAUGAAUCAUACGGACAACUGAACAUCUGUAAGCAAGUGAAAACCCAAAUGACCAACAAGCAUUUCAGUUGAAAUGUGGCAGUGACUGCAAAUUUUUAGUCCAGGGAAUGAAGUUAAUAAUGAGAGAAUAUUCUUAAUCCAGCUUAGCCUAUACAUGUUGUGCUCUCCUUAAGGCACUAUAAUAUCUUGGUGUAAACCUCUCUGUCGCUGAUGGUUGUACUGGCAAAGUUCUUAUUGAAAGGAAGGUAACCUUACAUGUUCUCUUUUAUGUCAUGCUGAAAUCUGUUUUCCUUUUUCUGGUUAGAGAGUAUUAAGUUUUUCCUGAUUUCUCAAUAAGUUGUUCCUUAAUUUAGACUAUUCUGUUAAGGAGGUUUUCUCAUUCAGAUUCUUAUGAGCUAAAAAUCGAAAUAUGAUAUGUAUGGAAUUUAUUUAUUUUUAAAACAAAUCCUUUUACUAACAUGCUGUACAUGAUUCACUAUGCGACUUGCCAAGAUAUCUUACACUUGGAGCUUUUCCAGCUUUGCAGAGAUUUUCAUCAAAGGAGGAUGUCUGAUGGAGCCUUACUGUUUCAUUCAUAGAAAAACCAGGGAGGCGAAGGUACAGAAGCCAUCAAAUGUUAGCCUUGGGAUACCGAGCUCCCUUGCAAUUUCACCGGUCCACCACUGCACCAUGUCAGAUAUGAUGCAGCUUGGAGGUGGGCAUAGCUGACGGAGCCUCGCCGUGAG